CAGUCCAGCAUUUCUCACACCAGCUAGUCCAAGCAUUGUCAAUAUAUUAUCCUCUCAUUUUCCUUAAUUUUAAUUAGUUAAUGACUUUGCACAUGCAGAGCAAAUCACCAAACAUACAGCCUAGCCUAUCCAUCUGAUCCCCUGUCCCUGCUCCCCCCGGCGCUUUAUAUACCACUGACGAGCACGAAGCCGGUUUCUCAAAACAAAACCACAACGAUCGACGGAUCGAGCAAAGCCGAAACCCACCAGCGCGUGCGCCAACCGAGAAAUCAAGCAAAGCCAAAGCAACAACAAUGGGGGAGGAGGCGCCGUGCAGCGUCGUGCCGCGCCGGGCCGCGGCGGCGAUGCACUUCCGCCUGCCGCGCCACGGGCUACGCCGCAAGGUCCUCAUCGUCCGCCUCGGCGGCAGUGCCGGCGGCGGCGCGGCACGGGCGGGCGGCAACCGGCGGAUCAAGCUCCGGCGGUGGUUCCGCCGCGCCAUGUGGACCCUCGCUGAGCUCUGCGUGGCGGUGCUGUCCGGGCCCCCGGCCCCGGGGAAGCCGCCGUCCGACUCGUCGCCGUGGAUGGGCGUCGAGCCGUGCUUCGCCGCGCCAUUCGUGCCGGCCGUGCUGAUGAGGCGCGCAGGGCAAUAUGCUAGCUAAGCUAAGCUUUGACUCGUGACCUCCGCGAAGAUAACACUGAUGUAUGUACAUACGGCUGCUGAAUGUGCAAACGAUUUGUGCCGCAACGCAAGCGAUUUGUUAAUUUCUGAAACUCUGAAGAUUACAUUCACUGGUCCUGCUCCUGCUCCUGCUCCGGAUUUCCUCUCCGUUUUCUUUAACUUUCUUCGUAAUCUUCUGAUUUUUGCUUCCAACGCAAAGGGAAGUUUGGUGCCGCACUGUGCUAUUGCAAUUCUGAUUACAUGGACGCUCAGCAGUAGCUAUCUUCCCGUCUGAAUGUAGGAGACAUUUUGUCAUUGCCUGACUUUAAGCUUUGAUCACAGUUUAAUCCAAUGAUAUAUGGUC